GGACACAGCCGUUCCUUUGUUGAAGAGAAACGUCUGCGGUGAAAAUAAAUAUGAUUUAUUCUCGCCGUACUGUAUGACCUUGUAACAAAAAGUCGGAGGUUUUAUAUGGAGCACUUGAAGGCAGCACGUCUGCGUUUCCAUGGUUGCGUUGCUGUGGACUACUUGGAGGCAAACAGCGUUUGUAAGUUGCCAUCCUGCUGCAAGCCAACAACCGAGAUGAUCAGAUCGUCAUGAAGCACACCAUCCACCUAUAACAUGAAUAAGGGACUGAAACAUGGAAAGAUGUCUCUUGUCUUAAAAACUGAGCAAGUGAGGCCUCCUUCUCCGAAACAGACAGUUCUGGCCAACCAGUGGGACUCUGUUGAGUCCGACACCGAGAGCAUGGCGCACGAGAGAGCUCACCAGCAGCAGCUACAAAUGCCUACUGGCCACCAUGACCAAAAGAAAUGCCCACUGCCUCCAAAGAAGAAUGCCGACCGCUUACAACAGGGAGACGACAAUGCAUGCAAUGAUGAUGUGGCUGAGGAUCAUCAGGUUUAUGAUAGCCUUGAUGCCCAACGGACACCCACCCUAUUACAGACUGAAUAUUUGGACACACAAGUGGACGAAAGAGAGGGAACAAGCCAGCUGCUCACUGACGAUGCCUAUUCUGAGCUACGCUAUGACCCGAACUGGAGGACCAACCUGAGGGGAGCUGGCCGCUUCAACAAGAAUCCACACGUUUCUGUUGAGGACUAUUACCAGGUCCCAAAAGAGAAACCUGCUCAGUCACGUGGUGACAGCCAGGGACUCGUAAUAAAGGGAGGAUACAGAUACAUCGUCAACACAAGUCCAGCUGUUGUAGCGACUGCUGAUAUGGCUGGCAAUAAGCCCGACCAGCCGUACCACCUCCACCCGCAAGAUGUUCAGACCAGCGCAGUAACAUCUCCCCACAGUCACAACCAUGUCUUAUCACCAGAGGUUGACCAUUCAAAGUCAUCCUGCAAUGUCACUAAAAAUGAAGGUGAAAAAGAGAAGUGUGUGAGUAGUUGUAACGAUGCUGGGGGAAAUGCUAGCAGGUCACCUGAGCUGGCCAAGGAUAUUCAUGCAAAGCACAUCCAAAACUUGAAGACCCUCUUCCUGCAAGACCUGGGAGGUACUCAAGGGGGACUCAAUCGAAUACAGCAAAUGAGCUCAGUUCCCAUUGUUUUAUUCAACAAAAUGUCAGAGGACAUAGUGGAACGCAACAAAACAACCCUGGGAUGCAAAACGUCCAAAGGUGGCUCCUAUGCGAGUGUGUAUGGACGUAAGCAGGAGAUGCCUCAUCAUAGCAAUACGGUGCAUGCAACUCUCAAACAGACGGCCAGCACAGAAAGUCAAAAGGACAGUUCAGAUCCCGAGAUGAAGACACAAACGUUGAGGGUCACCCAGAUCAGUGAAAGGAAGAAAGCCCAGCGGAAAGAAUACCACAACCCCCCUCAACCGCGGCAGCAGCCACCUGCCCUAGGGGUCAAGGCUGAGUGGGGAGACUGUCUGAGCUCCCCAUUGCCAGGACCAGCCGCCGUAACUCAGCCGAAGCCCCAGAAGACGACUCCAUCGCAGCCUUUGCGCCCCACGAUCCACAUCAACCUCAACACUUCUUCCCAUCUCCUUCCGUUAAUCCAGCAGAGAGGCCAGGAUGACAUCAUCAAUUUAGCAUCCCUGCAUGGUUGUCCACAUUGGAGGCCUGCGUCUGAAGAUGAACUUGCCUUGUCCCCUGGAUCUCAACAAACAAAUCCAGGAAUGUCCUCCCGGAUGUCUUGGAAAGGGGUAAACGCACAUCUGCACCAUCGAGACCUGGAGGGUUGCUCGGAACAACGGCAAAGGAAAACUGCAUUAAAGUUGCCAAUACUCUGCGAAGGGGAAGAUCAGGAUUGUCCGUGUGAGGUUCACGCGGGGGAAAUUCCACAAAGCCUCCCCAGGACACCUAGCAGCACUUUGUCACUGGGCUCUGGCUCCUACCCAGUUCUGCCGGCUAUAGAAAAGUCGACGACAGGAAAAGAGCCUGAGCUGAGCCCUGGUGUGGACAGAGGCAGCUCUAACGGCUACCUGGUUCAGAUGGAGUACCAGAAGCAACUGAGGGCCAGAGUCACCUACAAGGCAUACAGUCUUAAAAACUACAAGCAGCUGAAGUUAGAUAUAAAUCUGCAAGGCCUGGGUCCUGACUACACUGCCGCAGAAGAGACAAAGCUGUAUUCAAAUGUGAUCCGCGAGCAGAACAAAAAGAUAAGUAGGAUCCCCUUUCUACUGGCCAAGGACCCGGAAGGCAAUGACAAGAAAGUUCCCAGAAUGAAGGCCUUGGAAUAUGCCAAGACCAUAGCCAAACCCCAUGUACAGUCUCAACCACAACAGAGACAGAAACAUUGGUCCAAAGGCUUCACUGAGCACGCGUCUGACGUGGACGUCUCCCAGCUGGCCACACUGGACGUCCUUCGAAAACGGCACGAAGAAGAAAAGCAGGCAGUGGCUCUCUUCAGAAAAGUACAUGCUGUCUGAGGCAAGGUGCACUUCCCAUAAACAGCCAUUAUUCAAGGGGUAGGCCUGUAGUAUCACAUCAUUCCCACAUAUGUUUUGCAUUUUUUGAAUAAUAGUUAAGUAAUAUUAAAGAUCUCUGUGAGACUGGCAGCAUGAGCUAGCAUCUGUGUUACUUUUAACGUUGUGUCACCGGGAGAGAUUUGACAAGAAAUGCAUUAAAUGACUAAUUUCUAGUGUUUGUUUUAACCAUUGAUGCCUGAGAUGUUUACAAUGGUCAUUUUGAAUAUUGGAUUUGUUUCUGGAGCCAUGAAGACAGAUUACAAAAAGAGGAAUUCACUUCUGAGAUCCUACCAUCUUGAGGUGUAGUUUAAAAAAGAAAUGAGCAGUUUUUUUAUGGACUCACACUAUAUCUACGAUUUCCUUUUUGGAACUGGUGUCUAUUGACUCUUAAAGGUACUGCAGUUUAAAGCGUUUGGCAUUUGCUUUCCUCCUCAGCCGUAGCUACGGGCUCCUGCUUACAUCUGAAUAGGCUGCAUUCACACCAAAUCAGGGGUUGCAGCAAAAUACCACUCUUUGCCUUUAUUUGAAUGUAGGUAGCGUGUUUGGGCUGCGGCGGUGGCUACCGCAGCAGAUCAACAACAAUCAAACCUCAGUGGCAAAAAGUUGAAAAAGAAUCAUCUUUUGAAAAAAGUAGUGGUCCAUUAAAAUGAUUUGUGUCAAUCAGAUGUCAUAAAAUGGGCCAACUUUGAGCUCAUGGCCUGAUUUGGUGUGAAUGCAAUCUUCUUGGCAUGUGUUGCAAUGUUUGCAUCACAACUUGUCUGCAGCGUACACUGGAUUAAGUUUGAAUACACUGGAUUAAGUUUGAAUAAAAUGGUUGUAGCAGCCUGAUAACACCAAUGCUCCUGUCUGGCAUGAUCAGGCAGUGUUGUGCUUUCUUUGAGAAAUCAAGUUUAAUGACAUUCUCUCACUGACUGUGCACCAGUCUGAAAUAGCGACACUGUUGCACAAUCCCAAAUAUAGCAUUUUAAUAUUAUCUUGAUAUUGACUUCUCUAUACGCAAACAUUUCUGUUUGCCUGAAGGAAAGGCCGAACAAGAAGUUACUCCAUAUUUGAGCUGGAUGUCAGUGAAAAUACAUUUUAGGCACUCAUUAUUAUUAUUUGUCUAAUGGGACAAACCCUUAUCGAUGUGGGAUCGCUUUCGAAUAGCAAGAAAGAAAUGUGUGCAAGUCGUGUUUGAAUUGAAGGGAUCAGGUGAAUAAAGACCCAGCUCCCCCCCCCCCCCUCUCCGCCCUCCCCCAAAAGAGCAGCAUGCAUUGCCUAAUAGCAGAAAUUAACCUUUGCACUGGGUACAUCCAACUUGUUGCGCCUGAAUUCUGAAGCAGGUUUAGUUCUAAUCACUUCCUGUUGCUGUAAUAUAUAUAUUUACACACAGUAAUCAUCCUAUCACCUAUUGUAAGCAGUAAAGUUUAGAUUGUUAGUACUUAUGCAAUAUUAUCAGACAUAACUGUAUGUCUCAAUAAUCCGAUAUUUAACAGCGUCUCUCAGAAGGCCUUGAAGACCUACUGGCCUUAAUGCAAUGGAGUGUUUAUAGGUCACACUAAGCCUUUUUCUUUUUUUAUAAUUCAGACCUCCUCCAACUAUCCCACAGCACUGGCUAAUGCCCACACUCUAUUUGUCAUUUCCCCCCAUUUUGUUGUUUUGGCCACCUUAUCAGUUGGUCUCCUCUCACCCCAUUACACGCUGUUUAAUUUAGAAUAUUGCACACGCCCUUUGUUGUCACCGUCUUCCCUUUACGGAGAAGGAAACCUGCCCAAAUGAAGAUGACACUUUGAAGCUCCCCUGAUUUGCUCGCAGUCCCGCGUUUUGUAGCCUAACUCCUCCCCAACACAAAACACCCUCAAGCAGCUCAUUUUACUAAUUGAACCCUCAGAUCAUUAUCAAAGCACUAUUUACCUCUGUGCAAUAUUUUAAUGAGAUUAUAGUCUCUAUUUAACCCAUCAUGGACUCUUUGAAGCCCUGUGUUUUUAGUGUUAAGUCCUCAGAUGCACGGUUGGAAACAAAUGACCGAGCCCUUUUUAAUUUAAUGAGAAACGCCGCCUAUCCAGAUUGAGUCUCUUUGCUUCUUUUUUGAGUCCCAUCUACUCAUUUUUUUCCAUUGAAAUCCAGUUAAUUGAAAGAGUCUCUCGCCGCUAUAUAUGAAGGGGGCCUAAUUAGCAUCCCUUUCUGCCCAUUGGGAAGCUAAGGCAAACGUGGAGGCUUUGAUGUGAGAAGCACGCUUUCAGUAGGCGGCAGGCUUCCUGAAAAUGAGCUGAUGGCCCUGCUAUUAGGUCCAAAUGCAGAUGCGUCCAUGUGUUGCAAAACGCUUAAUCUUUUAAUUGAUCACCUUCUGCAUGGCCUGUUCUCCAUGAAGACCUUUCCCCCACUGCAUGUUAAUCCCAAUCACAUUUUGAAGUUGAAUUGCACGAAGGACGAGAAAGGAUUGCAUGUUGUUGUGCAAUUGUCAGAGGUGCAGUUGUGGUCAAAUAAAAUAAAUACAUGCAAUAUAGGGCGGUUUAUAGGAUUGUUAAAUGUGUGUAUAUGUGUCAUCAAAUUUAUAACUUUACUACCCUUCUUGCCUGCAUUAUUAUCAGUAAUAUUUGGACAUUAAAGAAUUGACAACAACAUUCA